AUGUUGGCCGACCAGUCGCAGCUGGCUGCUCCGGCAUUUACUACUGCAGAUGCUGUGACACUAGAUCCUUCGUUUGACAGCAACCACGCCUUGUCUGGAGAUUUCAUGAGCUUUGGUCUCACUGCGGAAGAUGAACCCGUGUGGAAUAUGAGUCCGAUAUCGCCAUCUUUUGCCAAUUGGAAUCCCAACAAGACGGAUCCUUCCUUCGUAACUGCGGCUGCUUUGGAGCGAGACUUUAAACACGCUCAAGUCCGCAACGGUCAGCCUACUCCGCCACUAGACGAUCAACAACAACAAUCUCUGUCCGGAAAUAACAUGGCAGUAUUCGACAAUCAAAACGCCUGGGACGACACCCCAACCCCGCCAAGCAGUGAAGGGCGAGGUCGCAACAGCUCGACUGACAAUAGUGCCACCGGAUUUGCAUAUGCAGAUGUGCCCAAAAGACGCAGACUACGUGAGGACAAGCCUUCGAUAGCAACUACGAUCAGCAGCGGAGCGGAUUCAGACGACCAGGGUCAGGAUCAUGCCAAGCGGGAGAAAUUCCUCGAAAGGAACCGGUUAGCAGCCAGCAAGUGCCGACAAAAGAAAAAGGAGCACACCAUGAUGCUCGAGUCUCGGUUCAAGGAACAGUCGGACAAGAGAGAGCGGCUCAACUCGGAGAUUUCACGGCUUCGGGGCGAGAUUUUGGGGCUGAAGAAUGAGGUUCUACGACAUGCUCAAUGCGGUGAUGAGCCGAUCAAACUUCACCUCGCUCAAAUGGUUAAGCAGAUUGCUAACAAAGACCGGGAUGACCCUACCGAAAGCAGUGAACAGCUGUCCGACACGACACCACCUAUGCCGGGAUCUGUUUCGUUUGGAUUUGACGAGACGUCUUUAUCCCUGGACGGUGCUAGUGCGCUAGAACAGCAGCUUCGACGAGACUCGGAGGCAUCCAUUGCUCUGUCUGGUGAAGAUGAUUUCGAAGACUUGAUCAAUGUUUGA